CAGCUCGACGUCAGCUCCUCUUGUGGUGUUUUGGUCCAGUCGAGCCCACUCACCAAAAUGACAGCGAGGAAGUCUGGCUCACGACUGGAGACCGAGAUAGAGCGGUGUCGUUCAGAGAGUCAAUGGGACAAGAUACCGGAGUUAGUACGGCAGCUCUCCGCCAAACUAAUAUCAAACGAUGACCUAGGGGAGCUGUUGCUGGGGGAAUGCAAGCUUCAGACGUACCUGAAGGAGAACCCCAUCAAACAGGGAGCCAGCCCCAGGGGCCCGCAACCCAAACUAGUGGAGGUCAGGAAACACCUCACUGCUGCUCUGGACAGAGGAAACCUCAAGGCCGAUUACCUUCAGGAAGCCAGCGUGCUGAUGGCUAAACUUUGCUAUGUGGAGGGAGAACACAGAGACGCUUUAGGUCACUACAGCAAGGUGAACCUGGACGACAUGCAGCUGGCGGGAGCUCCUGUGUAUAGGCUGUCCAUGAUAGCAGAGGCAUACGCUACUAAAGGACUGUGUUUAGAGAAGGUCCCAGCUGCCUCCCCAUCCCUAUCCAAUAAGAACACUGGCUCUCCGUUGUCCAAUAGGGGCACGACAGAGCAGGAGCAGGAAAUCAUCACCUGCUAUGAAAAGUCUGGAGACAUUGCUCUGCUCUACCUGCAGGAGGCUGAGAAGGCGUUGUCAGUGGGAAUUCAGAACCGCAGCCCAAAGCCCGGCCCGACAGCCCAAGACCUGGAACUGGGCUACUUCCUGGAGACAGGCCUGCAGAGAGCCCAUGUCAUCCACUUCAAGAAUGGCAACCUGACUAGAGGCGUGGGCCGGUUUCGGGAGAUUCUUCGGGCUGUUGAGAACAGAACCACCCAGAGCCUGCGCAUGACCAUAGCCAGGCAGCUUGCAGAGAUCUUGCUCAGAGGAAUGUGCGAACAGAGUUACUGGUCUCCUCUGGAAGACCCUCCCACAGUGUCGCCAUUGGACGAUCCCACACGGCAAGGACACACUCACAGCAAGAACUACACCCUAAGCCGACGCCCACGUGUGUACUCGGGAGAGAAUCUGUUUUGCCCUCAGGAGAACACAGAAGAAGCUUUGCUGCUGCUGCUCAUCAGUGAGUCCAUGGCUAACCGUGACGCUGUCCUGAGCAGAAUUCCUGAACACAACAAUGAUCGUAUCAUCAGCCUGCAGUCUGCCUCUGUGGUGUACGACCUGCUGACUAUAGCUCUGGGCAGAAGAGGGCAGUACGAGAUGCUGUCAGAGUGUUUGGAGAGAGCCAUGAAGUUUGCCUUUGAGGAGUUCCAUUUGUGGUACCAGCUCGCCCUGUCGCUAAUGGCAGCUGGGAAAUCAGCUCGUGCUGUUAAAGUCCUUAAAGAGUGUAUUCGUCUGAAGCCUGAUGACCCCACCAUCCCACUGCUGGCUGUGAAGUUGUGUAUCGGACCUCUGCACUGGUUGGAUGAGGGGGAGUGCUUUGCAAAGAUGGUGAUUGACAUGGGGGAGAAAGCAGCAGAGUUCAGAGCCAAAGGCUACCUGGCCAUCGGGCUGGUUUACAGCCUCAAGGCAACUGAUGCAUCAUUGCGAAGCACACAGGAGGAGUACCAGAGAAAAGCUUUGGGAGCCUUCCAGAGAGCUCAGAGUCUGUCUCCUACUGACCAUCUAGCAGCGUUCUACUUGGCACUGCAGCUUGCUGUGUCCAGACAGAUCCCAGAGGCACUAGGCUAUGUUCGACAGGCGUUGCAGCUUCAAGGGGAUGAUGUCCACUCCCUUCACCUGCUGGCUCUGCUGCUCUCUGCUCAGAAACACUACCACGACGCUCUCAAUAUUAUAGAGAUGGCUCUGUCCGAGUACCCUGAGAACUUCAAUCUGCUUUAUACCAAGGUAAAGUUGGAGUCGAUGUGUAGAGGGCCGGAGGAAGCUCUGCUCACCUGUAAACACAUGUUGCAAAUCUGGAAGAGCUUUUACAACCUUACCAACCCCAGGUAUACACACAAACACACACACACACUCCCCAAAUGCAAACAUGAUUUCUGGGCGUCUGGCAGCAGUCUGGUUUGGACUCAUGAGCCACUAGCAGACACACGAAACGACUUAGCUUCAACGCCAUCGAACUCGAACUGCCUGACUUCAGUGACCCUUGAGACCGUUUCCUUUCUUUAUUCCUUGAUUAAUUUCACUUAUUUCUGUUUUAUUUCCUUUGUUUUAGUCUCAGGUUCUUCCUCUUCUCACUCUGGUUUUGAACUGGUCUUCCCCAACUCCCCAUCCACCAUUUCCACCCUCUCCUCCCCACUGUCCUCCCCCUCUUCCCCUGUCUUCAUCCUCCAGCCUCCUCCUUUCCUUCCUCCCAAAAACCCAUCCUCCCUCCCUCCUCUCCCGGUCCUCCCUUUCCUCCUCAUCCCUCUUCCUGCGCCCGCCAAGACCAGGACUCAUUCCUUUUGCAACCACGUCACUCUCCGCCAGCUCUCCUCCAACUGUUCGGUUCAUGCUACAUCUAUAGCAGCGAGUCGCGUGGAGCAGGCACUGUCUGAGGUGGCAUCGUCCCUGCAGAGCAGCGCCCCCAAACAGGGACCAAUGCACCCCUGGAUGACCCUGGCUCAGAUCUGGCUGCAUGCAGCUGAAGUUUACACCAGCAUGUCGAAGCCCGCCGAGGCCUCGGCCUGCACACAGGAAGCUGCCAACCUCUUCCCCACAUCCCAUAACGUGCUGUACAUGAGGGGGCAGAUAGCCGAGCUGAGGGGCAACAUGGACGAUGCCAAGCGAUGGUAUGAAGAGGCCCUGUCCAUCAACCCGACGCAUGUCAAGACCAUGCAGAGACUGGGUCUGAUUCUGCACCAGCUGCAGCGCUACAGUCUGUCUGAAAAGGUCCUGAGGGACGCUGUGCAGGUUAACAGUACGGCUCACGAUGUGUGGAACAGUCUGGGUGAGGUCUUGCAGGCUCAGGGAAACGCUGCCGCUGCCACCGAGUGUUUCCUCACCGCGUUGGAGCUGGAGGCCAGCAGCCCCAUCCUGCCCUUCACCAUCAUACCCAGAGCACUAUGAAACACACACACCCUCACAGUUCGAGCCUAAGUACUGUAGCACAGUGGCACAAAUGAUGGACCUGCAAGUUGCACACACACAAACACAGCAUGCCUGCAUGCCACUUACACAAGGUUUUACUGCCGUACCCUCAGAUACACACGCGCGCACUCACACUCACAUUCGCUGUAUACAGAUGCAAAUAGUACACAUUAACAUGCCUACACACUUCCACCCGCCACCCACCCUUCCUACAAUGCCUUGCUGUGGCUGUGACACCUGACACCUGUGUGUGAGGUUAUGUGUCUGUAUGCGAGUGUGUGUCGAUUUGCGUGCCUGUUUGUGUCUGUGCAUGUACACCCACGUCUGUGUAUGUGUGCCAACAUGUUGCCUGUGCAUAUUUGUGUCUGGUUGUAAGUGAUUUGUAGUAUGCCGUCUGUGUGUGUUUGUUGUUUUGUCCUGUUUAAAAAUGUAAAUAAGGUUCAGUUUGAGUUCCCACUCUGCCGUCGCUAGCAUUCAGAAGAGUUUACAUUUUGUUUACGUGUUAUUUAGUCCGAAAAUACACACACAGAGUUUCAUUUUCCUUUCACACACUGAGGGUAAGUUUAGAAUAUUUGACUAAAAAUUUGUUUUAUUAAUGUUUCCUUUGUAAGCCAAAUAUUACUGAUAAUCUCAACCACACACACACACACACACACACGUUCACUUGCUGUAUGGCUGGUUUAGAACAGCCAGAUCUUUGAGAAUCAACUAGAGCAUCAACAAAUAAGAUCAAAAGAUCGCUGAGGAAUCAAUCAGUAAAGUCUAAAUGCCAAAACACAGGCUGCAUUUACACACGGGAUAUCAGAUUUGAAACGUCCAAUGGAUGGCUGCCAGUUCUUUUUUUUAUACAUUUUUGAAUUAAAGCACAUUUUAUCUCACGUGUAAAUCCUUUAUUGCUCCUUUGUUGAACCAUACUUCCAUGACAUUCUCUGGUUUUACACAUUUUCCCAAUAUGUGCACGGUUCUCCGAGGGAAGCUUUGGAGCUAAAGGAAUAGUUUAAAUGUUCCUUUCUUACUGAGUGUUAGAUGAAAUGAUUGCUACCACUCUCAUGUUUGUACAGUAAAGGUAAAGCUACUACCAGCAGCCGAUUAGCUUAGCAAACCAGCACAGCAGCUAAGGCUCAUUUAUUAACCCUGUAGGUUUCUGUACAGAUAAAUGAAAUGUAAGUGUAAAAAGAUUUAAGAUUAAAUAAAGACAUGCUUAUUUGUGAGCUUUAGAUGUGCUGGUUAGCCAGGCUAGUCCUUUUCCCCCCCGUUUCUGGUCUUUAUGCUAAGCUAAGCUAACCGGUUGUUAGCUCUACCUUCAGACUACUAGCAGCUGUAGUCACCUACAAAAACUCACCAGAAACACGAUAAUGUUACAGAUAACCUGUGAAGUUUCUUGUAAAUUUGUAGAAAACUGGAGCUCCUGUGAAACAUUCAAGUGUAAUAAUAAAUAGGAGGAAUCUGUUACACACAAAAAUCUGAUUUUCUGUUGUGUGUAAAUGCAUCCAGUGAUUGUGUUGUCUUUGUGUCCUGUCACAGUCAUGUUAAAUACAACUAGAUAAAUAUAGUUGUUUUGUUUGUUUUUUGAUUAUAAAUACAAAUGAUUAUUGUUGUAUAUUUGAUUGUUCCAAGUGUAUUAUUGUCAUUAUUUUAGAAAGUAAAUUAUAAUUCUAUUUUCUGGAAAGUUGUGCUGUUGGGGGAAUAAAAGGAUGAAACUGAUUGAGUUUGUUGACAUGAGCUCAGUCAGUGAGUCCUUUGUGCUGUAAAUGAAUGACUGAAAUUAGGAUGAUAAUAAUGAGAGAUAAUAAAAGUGGUCAAAAACAAAAGUCUAUUUGU